AUGGAAUUCAACAAGCAAGUGGGGGAUUCGGCGAAGGAAGCUUGUAACAUGGCGGAUAGCGAGGAAGGCUUUGGGCUCCCCACCACGCCGGCUGACUCGGAGGCCAAGGAGCUGCAGGCUGACGCCAAGCAGGACACGCAGCUGGGGGCCCCCAGCAAGCCCCCCACCUCUCCCCAGGCAGCCUUCACCCAGCAGGGCAUGGAAGGAAUCAAAGUGUUUUUGCACGAGCGGGAGCUGUGGCUGAAAUUUCACGAAGUGGGGACGGAGAUGAUCAUAACAAAGGCUGGAAGGCGCAUGUUCCCCAGUUACAAAGUGAAGGUCACUGGACUUAAUCCAAAAACUAAGUACAUACUAUUGAUGGAUAUUGUACCAGCGGAUGACCACAGAUAUAAAUUUGCAGAUAAUAAAUGGUCCGUGACGGGGAAGGCAGAGCCGGCCAUGCCCGGCCGCCUCUACGUGCACCCCGACUCCCCCGCCACCGGAGCGCACUGGAUGCGGCAGCUGGUGUCCUUCCAGAAGCUCAAACUCACCAACAACCACCUCGAUCCCUUCGGACAUAUCAUCCUCAACUCCAUGCACAAGUACCAGCCCCGGCUGCACAUUGUGAAGGCCGACGAGAACAAUGGCUUCGGCUCCAAGAACACUGCCUUCUGCACCCACGUCUUCCCCGAGACAGCCUUCAUCGCCGUCACCUCCUACCAAAACCACAAGAUCACCCAGUUAAAGAUCGAGAACAACCCCUUUGCCAAAGGUUUCCGUGGCAGCGACGACAUGGAACUCCACAGGAUGUCCAGGAUGCAGAGUAAGGAGUACCCGGUUGUUCCCAGGAGCACGGUGAGACAGAAAGUGUCCUCGAAUCACAGCCCCUUCAGUGGCGAGACCAGGGUCCUUUCCGCCUCCUCCAACCUGGGCUCCCAGUACCAGUGCGAGAACGGGGUGUCGAGCACCUCCCAGGACCUGCUGCCACCUGCCAACCCCUACCCGAUCUCCCAGGAGCACAGCCAGAUCUACCACUGCACCAAGAGAAAAGAUGAGGAAUGUUCCACCACCGAGCAUCCCUACAAGAAGCCCUACAUGGAGACUUCUCCGGCGGAAGAGGACCCCUUCUACAGGUCCAGUUACCCCCAGCAGCAGGGACUGAACACUUCAUACAGGACUGAAUCAGCCCAGCGCCAAGCAUGCAUGUACGCCAGCUCCGCUCCCCCCACGGACCCCGUGCCCAGCCUGGAAGACAUCAGCUGUAACACGUGGCCCAGCGUGCCCUCCUACAGCAGUUGCACAGUGUCUGCCAUGCAGCCGAUGGACAGGUUACCCUACCAGCAUUUCUCUGCCCACUUCACCUCGGGGCCGCUGAUGCCCCGGCUCAGCAGCGUGGCCAACCAUACCUCCCCCCAGAUAGGAGACACCCACAGCAUGUUCCAGCACCAGACCUCGGUUUCUCACCAACCCAUCGUCCGGCAGUGUGGACCCCAAACAGGCAUCCAGUCCCCCCCCAGCAGCCUCCAGCCCGCAGAGUUCCUCUAUUCCCAUGGCGUGCCUCGAACCCUCUCGCCCCACCAGUACCACUCGGUGCACGGCGUGGGCAUGGUGCCAGAAUGGAGCGAGAACAGCUAA